UGGGCCCCUGAGCCCAGUUUGUUUACUGUACUGCGAACCGUACCCCGGCGCGAGCUUGCGUCGCAACGGCCAGGAAAGGAACCAGUAGCGGGACGGAGGGCGGGGGUGGCAAGAAAGUGAAGGCUCAGAAGUAAAUUGAAGACACCUGACCCUGAUGGGCAGCGCUCCAAAAAAGCACAAACAAUGGAAGGAUGGACACCACUGCGUGUAUUGAAAGCAUGUUGAAAGGAAAAUAAGGUAUUCACUUUGUUUAGUUGUGGUUUUAUUGUACAAGAAAAUUACCUGCGAGAAGAAGCUCUUAAUGUUUUGAGUGAUUAUCAGGGUAGCUUGGUUUUUAUGAUGGGUUUCAAAUUUUUUAAAUGUUUAGUACAAAAAUUUUAUUACUGCUCUCCCUAGCACACGUGCUCUUUGCUAAUGAUGGCCUUGUCCUGAUUAUUCUGAAAAUGGAAACAAACCUUGAGUUUUUAGUAACGUUAAUUUGCUUUUGAUUGGGUAGUGUCAUUCGAUCUUUCCUUUAAAAAAGGACAUAAUAGUCACUGUAAUAAAAUCCCCAAAUUUGGAACUUAAUGUUAGAAUAUGUACAUGAAACUGGAUACUUGCUUACUCCCACGUAGUUCAGACUUGUAGACUAAUUUACUUUGUAUUUAAAGUAGUUUGCUUAUUAAACACUGAGUCAGAGGCGCAGCCAUUGCUUCUCUGGUCACCUAGUUAUUUGAUCCUCCAGCCUCCAUUAUGUCAUGUGCUAUAAUCACGCACACCCUUUAUUGACAUCUAGAAAUUGUCAAGGAAUAGUUUAUUUCCUUCCACAGCACGCCCAAAUUAGCUUUUAAAGGUAGACCUGGCCCUACCUUGGAAAAUUCUGAUCUGGGAUUCGAGAUGAGAUCUAGGGCAUCUUUAUUUUUAAGAAUUUCCUCAAAUGAGUUUGAUGUGCCUUCCCAGGUGAGAGCCGUUGACUUACUAAAUAGAUGCGUUUAAGAAAUUCUAAGAUAUUUGUGAAACAAGUAAUUUUCCUCACUGGUUUCUUUUCUGUGCAAAAGUAAGCCUCUAAGGAAUGACACUCGAGUAUAAUAAAAAAAAAAAAAAAUAAGGUUUGCCUAGGCAAGGUCAGGAAGUUUCACGGGCACUCAGAAACCUCUGGGACUAACCAGGCCUGAGGAUGAGGUUUGCUGUGGGGAGACACAGGGUGCUCUGAUGGACAUUCACAGUCCUCAGAGCAAGCGUGUGGCGUUUCCUGUUAGGUUUAAGAGACCAGCUGCCAAGUCUGUUCAGUAGAUACAGUAGGCCAAAUUAUUUUUACCUAACAAAAUGCAAUGGAGGGUAAUAUUACAUAUGUGAGUUUUAUUUGGGGGAGAAUACCUUUGCUGGAAAUAAAUGUAAACGAUAGCCUCCCAAUAGCUCUGUGCUUAUUAAGUAAAAAACAAUUUAAAAUCAUGCAUAAAGUGCAUAAUUCAGCUUAUAUUUUGUAUGCUAACAUGAAGUACCCAGAUAUUCGAACUAUCAGUGAGGAUUUUAGAUUAACUUUAUCAGAGAGUGAAGGAGGCAGAAAAAUGAGAGAAGCACUUUGGUAUUCAGCUAUGAGAAAUGCGUGGUAAAACCAAAUCCAGUCUGCUAUAAGUAGUGGCUUUAAGCAAAGAAGUAGGUCCAGUUGUGUUCUGUCUCCUAGAAGCUGCUUUUCGUUUCACGUGUGAGUUCCUCACUGCAAGAUUUGGCAUAUGAAAUAUAUGAGUAGAGGACGAAAUUGAAACUGAAAGUAAAGAGACUGUAAGUCAAAAACACGAAGCUCUGUGUAGUCCACGACUAACAGCCUGGAUCUUGUACAUCUUGUUUGAACAGAAAGCCAGGAAUCUCAGUAUGAAUCCGUCUAGAUCGAGAUCGGACGGUGGUAGUGAAGAAGCCUCAUCUCAAGACCAUAAUCAUCGUGAAAGUGAGAGGAGAUGGCAGCAAGAGCGCCUCCACAGAGAAGAAGCCUAUUAUCAGUUUAUUAAUGAACUCGAUGAUGAAGAUUACAGGCUAAUGAGAGACCACAAUCUUUUAGGCACCCCUGGAGAAAUAACAUCGGAAGAACUACAGCAGCGAUUAGAUGGAGUCAAGGAACAAAGAGCAUCUCAGCCUGACUUGAGAAGUGGGACAGAUACCAGAGACUCAGAAGUCCCUAGAGAAAGUUCAAACGAAGAUUCUCUGCUAGAAUGGUUGAACACGUUUCGACGCACGGGCAACGCAACUCGAAGUGGACAAAAUGGGAACCAAACUUGGAGAGCUGUGAGUCGAACAAACCCAAACAGUGGAGAGUUUCGGUUUAGUCUGGAAAUCCAUAUAAAUCAUGAGAAUAGAGAAAUUGAAAUUCAUGGCGAAGAUCAGACAGGCAUUCCACUUUCAGAUUUUAGCAGGGAUCGUACUACAAAUAGGCAACAGAGGUCAGCCAGUCCUGUGGCUAGGCGAACGCGAAGCCAAACGUCCCUGAAUCACAGUGGUAGUAGCUCCAAUGUCCCAAGGACUAGGCUCGGGUCAAGGGGGCAGAAUGCAGCAGAAGGAUCUUUCUCAACAUUGGGAAGAUUAAGAAAUGGCGUUGGGGGAGCAGUUGGCAUUCCUAGAACGAGAGCUCCGCGUGCUGAUUUCGGUAGUCAUGCAAACCAGUUGGGUGGUAGUGAACUCAGGCAGAGGGAGGGGCAACGGUUUGGAGCAGCACAUGUUUGGGAAAAUGGGGCUAGAACUAAUGUUACAGUGAGGAAUACAAACCAAAGAUUAGAGCCAAUAAGAUUACGGUCUGCUUUCAGUAGUCGAAGCCGCUCACCAAUUCAGAGACAAAGUGGCACUGUUUAUCGUAACUCACAGAGAGAAAGUAGACCUUUACAGCAAAACGUCAGAAGGUCUGUUAGGAGGAGAGGUAUAACACGUGUCUUUUUAGAGCAGGAUAGGGAACGUAGAGGUACUGCCUAUGCUCCAUUCUCUAACUCAAGACUUGUGUCAAGAAUAACAGUAGAGGAAGGAGAAGAAUCUAGCAGAUCUUCAACUGCUACACGACGACAUCCAACAAUCACACUGGACCUCCAAGUGAGAAGGAUUCGUCCUGGAGAAAACAGAGAUCGGGAUAGUAUUGCAAGUAGAACUCGAUCUAGGGUAGGGCUAGCGGAAAAUACAGUCACUAUCGAAAGCAAUAGUGGGGGCUUUCGCCGAACUAUUUCUCGUUUAGAGCGGUCAGGUGUUCAAACCUAUGUUAGCACUAUCACAGUUCCUCUUCGGAGGAUUUCUGAGAAUGAGCUUGUGGAACCGUCAUCAGUGGCUCUUCGGUCCAUUUUAAGGCAGAUCAUGACUGGAUUUGGAGAAUUGAGUUCUUUAAUGGAGGCCGAAUCUGAGUCAGAGGUUCCGAGACAUGGUCAGCAUUUACCAGAGAGGCACUCAGAUCUGAGCACCGUAGGUGCAGUUAAUGACAUCAGCCAGCACAGUGAAGGUUCCUCUCAAAACAGGCGGGCCCGAGAAGACAGCUCUGAAAUGCGUGGUGAAAACGAGACUCCCCAGCCUCCUGCCAGAAACAGUGAUAGCAGAGGUGGCCGGCAGUCGCGAAAUUCAAAUAACUUAGUUGAGACUGGAACACUACCUAUCCUUCGCCUUGCUCAUUUCUUUUUACUAAAUGAAGGUGAUGACGAGGAUCACAUACGUGGUUUAACCAAAGAGCAGAUUGACAAUCUUUCCACCCGGAACUAUGAGCAUAGCAGUAUCGAUAGUGACCUAGGCAAAAUCUGUAGUGUUUGCAUCAGUGACUAUGUGACUGGAAACAAGCUCAGGCAAUUACCUUGCAUGCACGAAUUUCACAUUCAUUGUAUUGACCGCUGGCUCUCAGAGAAUUGCACUUGCCCCAUCUGUCGGCAGCCUGUUCUAGGGUCCAGCAUAGCAAACAAUGGGUGAAGCGUUGGGUCUGUUCAAAUAGUACAUUUUAGUAGAGCUGAGUACUUAAGCACCCUUUUGUUGAAUUCUUUGUGAUGAGCUAACCAGGAUGAAAAAGAACAGAGUAUUAUAGUUUGCACUAUUUUUUGUGUGCUUUUUUAACUUGUUAAAAAGAAAAUUUAUAUAAAACUUAAAAUGGCAAAUGUUAAAUUAUCGACAAGUACAGAAUAGUCAAUAUUGCUAGAACCAAAUAAUCUUUAAAAUGUUCUUAUUUUGGUAAUUUCGUCAUGCUAAGCACUUUUGUAUCUGCACAAUUCAGUGGGUUAACAAUCAAUCUUCCUUUUCUUAAUAGCACAGCAGACUUUAUGUGGACUUUCAACUUCCAUAGGCUUAGUGCCAUGUCCAGACAAUGGUGUCUAAAUAAGCCUUUCGUUAACUUUUUAUUGUAAGGACAAUAUCUUUUCAUGAGAGAGUGUUUGGCUGAAUGUUUGCUCUAUAUAUUUAAGUUACUUGAAAUGUUAAAUUUAAUAUGCAGCAUACCAUAUAUGUAUAUAUAGAUAUAUAAUUUUAAGGGUAAAAUAUUCCAUCUAAAAACUACCAGUUUGGUUCUUAUUUAAGCUUUUGGGCUAUUACUGCAUAUGGCACAAUGUGUAACAUUUACAGGAUCAUCUCUGGGAGGAAGUAGAUAUUUAAAAAUAGAGAUAAUUUACUGAAGCGUCUCUGACAAUCUUACUAGACAGCAAGCAAUAUGUAAUACUGAACAAGUAUUUCUUUACUCAGAAAUGGAACGUGGACAUUUUAGUACAUAUAGAGUAUUUAACUUGAGUUCGGCCUUUUUGUGACUUGUUUGAAUGUGCAAACAAUUCUUUGGAUUAUAUUAAGUAAGGUAUACAAAUAUGCAUGGUUUCUCAAAUUUACUUUUAAAAUCUAAAAAAAAAAAAAAAUGUCUAUGAAGAAUCAAAUGCAUAGAUAAUGUGUUAAGUUUACUUGGAGCCAAAAACUCCAAAUAAUACAAAACAAAAAACCCUUAAGAGAAUGUGGAAUUUAUAUGAACACGAAGUAUGCAUUGAAGAUCUAUUUCUACCAAUAAAUAUUAAAACAAA